CCAGCUGACACCCUCCCCCUGUGCCCGCAGGACGCGGUACAUCAGCACGGAGCUGGGCACGCGGCAGCGGCUGCUGGUGGGUGUGCUGACGUCGCGGGGCACGCUGAACACGCUGGCGGUGGCAGUGAACAGGACGCUGGGGCACCGGCUGGAGCGGCUGCUGUACUUCACGGGCACGCGGGGCCGCAAGGUGCCGCACGGCAUGACCGUGGUGACCCACGGUGACGAGCGGCCCAUCUGGAACAUGUACCAGACUGUCCGGCACCUGCUGGACCACCACGUGGCCGAGUUCGACUGGUUCUUCCUGGUGCAGGACGACACAUACACGGAGGCGCACCGUGUGGCACGCCUGGUCGCCCACCUCAGCAUCGACACGCAGCUCUACCUGGGCCGGCCCGAGGAGUUCAUUGGGGGCGACACUGAGGGGCGCUACUGCUACGGCGGCUUUGGCUACCUGCUGUCGCGCAGCCUGCUGCUGCGCCUGCAGCCGCACCUGGAGAACUGCCGCAACGACAUCCUCAGCGCCCGCCCUGACGAGUGGCUGGGCCGCUGCAUCAUCGACUACACUGCUAUCAACUGUGUGGAUGAGCACGAGGGCCUGCGCUACCAGUACUUUGAGCUGGGGAAGAACACGGACCCGGAGCGGGAGACCGACCCUCGCUUCCACGGCGCCUUCACUGUGCACCCUGUGCUGGAUCCUGUCCAGAUGUACCGGCUGCACAAGCACUUCGCCCAGGUGGAGCUGGAGAGGACCUACCAGGAGAUCCAGCAGCUGCAGCUGGAGAUCCAGAACACCAGCAGCCUGUCCGCGGACGGAGACCACAGUGCCACGUGGCCCGUGGGCAUCCCACCGCCGUUCCAGCCCAAGACGCGCUUUGAGGUGCUGCGCUGGGACUACUUCACAGAGGAGCAGGUGUACGCCUGUGUGGACGGCGCUCCCAAGUGUGAGCUGCAUGGCGUGGACCUGGCAGACGUGGCUGACGUGGUGGCCACGGCCAUGGAGGAGCUGAACCGCAAGUACCAGCCAGCGCUGCACCUCCGCAAGCAGCAGCUGGUGAACGGGUACCGGCGCUUUGACCCCACGCGGGGCAUGGAGUACACGCUGGACCUGCAGCUGGAGGUGGUGACACAGAAGGGGCACAGCCGCUCGCUCACGCGGCGCGUGCACCUGGUGCGGCCCCUCAGCGAGGUGGAGAUCAUCCCCAUGCCCUACGUGACGGAGGCCAGCCGCAUCAACGUCAUCCUGCCACUGACGGCCCAUGACCGCGAUCGCGCGGCCCACUUCCUGGAGGCCUAUGCGGCGGCCGCCUUCGAGAGCGGCGAGAACGCAGUGCUCACCUUCCUCUUCAUCUACGACCCCUUUGAGGCCCAGCAGGUGGCACAGAACGACGUCUUUGCCACGGUCAAGGCCAAGAUCACCGAGUAUGAGCGCAAGUACGCAGAGGUCAAGAUCCCCUGGAUCAGCGUAAAGACGGACGCGCCCUCCCCAAUCAAGGUCAUGGACAUAAUCUCCAAGAAGCACCCUGUGGACACGCUCUUCUUUGUGGCUGGUGUGGGCACCGAGGUCACCAUCGACUUCCUCAAUCGCUGCCGCAUGAACACCAUCAACAGCUGGCAGGUCUUCUUCCCCAUCCACUUCCAGGGCUACCACCCGGCCAUCGCUUACCCCCACCAGGUGCCGCCUGCCAUCCUGGAGCUGGGGCGGGACGCGGGGCACUUCGACCGCCACGCCUUCCACGAGGCCUGCUUCUACAACGCCGACUACAUGGCGGCGCGGACCCGCCUGGCAGGCGACGCGCAGGAGAACGAGGACAUCCUGGAGACCCUGGACAUCUAUGACAUGUUCGUCAAGUACUCCGGCCUGCACGUCUUCCGGGCCGUGGAGCCUGCCCUGCUGCAGCGCUACCAGCAGCAGGCCUGCAACCCCCGCCUCAGCGAGGAUGUCUACCACCGCUGCAUGCAGAGCAGCCUGGAGGGGCUGGGCUCCCGCUCCCAGCUGGCCAUGGUGCUCUUUGAGCAGGAGCAGGGCAACAGCACCUGAGCUGCUGGCCGGGGGCACCCAGCCCAGCCCUCCUGCCUGCCCUGUCAGCCCGGCUGGCUGGGCCCAGCCUCCUCCGAGGGCACCAGCUCCCUGCGGACAGUGGGAGCUGGGAUGGGUGAGGACAGGGACUCAGACCCUUGGCUCCGCAGCAUCAGGGGCGUGGGACUGGAGGUCGGGAUGUUGACGAGAGCCAGGGGUCUCCCAAGCCAGGUGAGGGGAGCGGCUGGCAGACGGGCUGGCCUGGGAGUCUGGACCCUGAGGUCUGGCUCCAGCCCUGGCACUGGGCUGGCUGGGCCCUGCUCUCCCUGCCCUGCACCCUCCAGUCCCUGGAGCCGCCCUCGGGUCCAGAUGCUUUUUCCAGGCUUCCAGGCAACGUGUGCAGGAUGCCAGGGCCUCUGCCCCUCCCCAGGCAGCAGGAGUGUGUGGCUCCCGUGUCCGGGAUGCCUGGCCCCAGGUGUGAGGGGGGCAGCUAGGCCUCGUUGUCCCCUUGGCCUCCGGCCUCCUGCCCUUUGAGCCGCACCGGCUCCUGCACCCAGGGCCGGGCAUCCCCUUGGGCCUCAUAGCCCCAGCCAGGGGCUGGUGGCUCAGCUCCCUUUGCACCCUGGGAGCUUGCAGGCUCCACCCAGGGCCCUGGUUGCUGGGGAAAGGUGGAGGUAUGGGGCUUACUUGACCCUUGUGGAGCAGUGAGGAGUGUGUUUCCAGUGAUGUGCAGCUUUUAGCAGCAGCUCCACGGCCCGGGCGCCCCAGGGUGAUGGUGCUGCAGGCUCUGAGGGGAGCUGGGACCCUCCGCACCCACGUGUGACGUGCUGCUCCCCAUGGGAACCAUGACCCAGGCCGCUUUGGCCUUCGCAGUAUUUCCGUAGGACGGGAGGAGGCCACCGCCUCAGACGAGAGCCCCGCGGGUGGCUCGAGGCUUCUCUGCCGCUGCCCCGCAUGGCCUGUUGGCCUCGGUCCUGCCGGCAGCCAGGCCAGCUGCUGCCAUCGUUCUCCGUGCUGCCGGCGUCUGCCUGUGGACGCCCCGCGCUGGCCGCAGGCAGGGCCAGGGCGCCCGUGUUGGCAGUGGGCACUGCACUGCACCAGGCACCACUGACUUGGACUGGGCUGGCAGUGGGCAGAGCCGGGGUCGCCCCAGCUCGCGCGGCUGGGGCCAGACCGGAGCGGCUGUGAGUCUCCUAAGGAGAAAGUGACUGUGGAGCUGGCCGUGCUCCAGGCUUGUAUUUAACAGUGGGGGUGGGCGGGGGGAGCGGGCGGUCGUGUUUACACUUGAAUAAACCAGAGAGAUGA